AUGUCUCUUCCUCUUCGUCCUUCCCUUUCUCUUUCCUUGCACCGCACUCCCAUCGGUCGAAUCGGAACUCGGAGUCGAACCAUGACGGGCUUCACCGACACCACUCAACAGGCCUUCGACCGAGCCCAAGAGCUCGAGCAAUUCGAAGAAUCCAAGCUCGGAGUCAAAGGCCUCGUCGAUUCCGGCCUCUCCUCCAUCCCUGGCCUCUUCAUCCACCCGCCGGAGACCCUCUCCGACUUCAAGCCAGCCCAGCACAGGCCCGUUUCAGUCCAUUCGAUCCCUACCAUCGACCUCUCCGACUGCAACUCCGGCCGGCGGCCGUCCGUCGUUGAAGAAGUAGGGCGCGCGGCUCGUGAGCUCGGAUUCUUCCAGGUAGUCAACCAUGGUGUGCGGACGGAGGUCCAGGACGGCAUGAUCACGGCGGUGAAGGUCUUCCACGAGCAAUCGAUGGAGGCGAAGAAGAGGAUCUAUCGGAGGAAGAUGGAGACCGGGGUCGCGUACUUCUCCAACGUUGACUUGUUCCACUCUAAAGCGGCUAGCUGGAGGGACACGCUAGAGAUUAGGCUGGAGCCGAAAGCAGACACGGAAGAGAUCCCCGAGGUGUGCAGAAAUGAGGUGAUGGAAUGGAAUCAACAGAUCCAACGGCUGGGAAGCACCCUGAUGGGACUGUUGAGCGAGGGGCUGGGACUAAGUCCCGGAAAGCUACAGGAAUUGACGUGCCCGGAGAGCCGGAUGAUGGUUGGGAACUACUAUCCCUACUGUCCCCAGCCCGAUCUGACGAUCGGCUUGGCGUCCCACACAGACCCGGGAGUGAUCACGGUGCUCUUGCAGGACCACCUCCCUGGUUUGCAGGUGAAGUGCGGGGACGAGUGGGUGGAUGUGGCGCCCGUCCCGGGCGCUCUCGUUGUGAACGUCGGUGACAUCCUCCAGAUCAUAUCCAACAACGAGUACAAAAGCGCGGAACACCGGGUGCUGGCCAACUCUAGUCAAGAGGCACGUGUAUCGAUAGCAGUUUUCUGCAACUCGAACAAUAUGGAGAUCCAGUUUGGACCGUUGCAGGAGCUCGUAUCCUCGGAUAAACCGGCUGUGUUUCGGCAGUUCACCAUGGAAGAAUACUUGAGGAGAUUCUUUGCUACGGAGUUGGACGAAAGUCUGGUAGAUUACUUUAGGGCCUGA